AAAGAGAAAAUGUCUUUGAUAAAUUUAGGAUCGAUAAAAAUUCUUAUUUGUGAGCAUUCUUUAUUUUAUGGCAACUUUAUUCAGCAGUCAGGCUAGUCUCGUAAUCCGUGUGUGACUUUUGAGUUUAUUUUUUUAAUUUCUGAGCGAAAUUUUAAAAUGUAUACUGUCUCAAAAGGACCUAGCAAAAUAGUGGCUAAAACUCGAAGAGGUCUAUCACAGAAUUUAGAAAGAUUAGACAGUCGUAAGGAUCAUAACAGGAAAUCUUCAGAGUCUGAUAAUGGAGAAGUCGUCAACAUGCCCAAACCUAUCUUUCAUCUCCAAUGGCAAAAAAAAAGACACUACAACCAGAGAAUACAACACCAUGUAAUCACACCACAACAUGAAGAAAUUAUUAGAUUUAUAAGUGAAACUUGGACACAAUCGGCCUAUGGUGAAAGUGAGCCAUCAUCACCUACCAGCACAAUUGGAUCAGGAAGUUCAUCACCGGCCCCGCCCUCAAACCUGUAUUACCAAGAUGACGCUCCCAGCCCCAUCCUGCGGGACUUCAAGCCCUUCGACCUGGAGACGUGGUGGGGCAAGCGUCUCUUCCAGAACAUCACCAGCUCACUCUGAGUGUACACAGCACGACAGCACACAGGGGGAACACGAAAAUUUACGGUAGUGUAAGUCACAAUCAUCUGUAGUUUACUAAAUUUUAUACUAUAUUUUAUAUAAAAUAAUUAAAACAAAAAUACCAGUAUUUUUCGCUAAAUAGAAGUAAUGCUGAUAUUUGCUCGUGUUUGCUACAUUUGUAGUAGUUAGACUGUUAGUAUGGUUCAUACUACAUAACUAUACAUUAAUUAAAUUAAUAAUCAAAUAGGAUAAUGCAAGAGAUUAAGUAAUCUACAGAUGAUUGUGGAUCUCAAUAGUUAUUUCAUAAUGUAAGUGAAAUUUUC